AUGAAUGAGUCCCAUCUACAUGUCGUCAGGUCGCGGAGAUGCCUCGAAAGCGAUGAGGCGGCUUUCGGUCCCCUAGUUCAUUCAUCGUGCCUUGGAGGAUUUGACUUUACCCUCCUCUUCGAGGAGAGUGUGCUGACAAUACUUCCCGCAAUUAUUGCGUGUUUGCUUCUUGGGGUACGAAUUUGCAGCUUGCAGGGCCGGUCCCGCAAGGUAAAAAGGUCGUGGCUUUACGUCGCGAAGUUGACCACCAUCUUACUAUACGCUGUUCUGCAUUUCAUCAUCCUGGCUGCCAUGGCCAUUGGAAGUGCAUCCAAGACACCCGUGAGCAUUGUAGGAACUGCAGUGAUUGCAGUAACAUUUCUGUUAUUUCUCUAUGCAAGUCACCUCGAACACAGCCGAUCACUGCGUCCAUCAACCAUCCUCAGUCUUUAUCUCGGUCUUUCCUUGGUCUUCGAUGUGAUUCGCGUACGUACCCUCUGGUUGAGCUCUUCCAGCGCAAUUAUAGCGUCUUUACUUUCUGCAAGUGUGGGUUUGAAGGCUGUCAUACUUGUGCUCGAGGGAACCUCUAAGCGGCCGUUUCUGAAAAAGCAAUAUCAAGAUACUAUACCCGAGGCAGUGUCUGGUAUCUACAGCCGUAGCCUCUUUCUCUGGGUAAAUCCUUUCCUUUGGAAAGGCUACAGAGGCGUUCUCUCGGAGGACACGCUCAAUGUCCUCGAUGCCGAUUUGGUUUCGGCGUCUGACCCCGAAGCCCUGAUAGAAAGUUGGAACAAAAAAGCUGGAGUGAUACCUCGCCUUGCCUACAUAGGCUUUUCCUUCGCGCAGCCUUUUUUGGUUCAGCGCGUGUUGGACUUCUUAUCCGAGGCCCAAGGGCCAAAUUCGCACACGGAGGCCUAUUAUCUGAUAGCUGCGUACGGCAUUGUAUACUUAGGUCUUGCAAUCUCCAUGGCGAUCUCUGAGCACAAGACCUAUCGUGUGAUAACGAUGGUCCGUGGCAGUCUGAGCACGAUGAUAUUUCAAAAGACGCUUCGACUUCCACACUCCAAGAUAUCGGACACAGCGGGGAUCACGCAUUUGACAGGGGGUGUUGAAUGGGUCAGUAUGGGCCUCUUGGGCCUACAUGAGUUCUACAGCAGUGUAAUCGAGGCGGGUUUAGCCAUCUGGCUGGUGUUUCGAUUGCUCCAUGCAGCCGCGUUGGCAUCUGCAGCUUUUGUUGUUGUUUGCGUGCUUGCGGGACUGCCCUUGGCACUUGCAACGGGAAAUGCCCACCUACCAUGGCUGGAUGCCAUUGAAAAGCGCAUAUCUGUGACCUCCAAGGCACUCGCUGCAAUGAGACCUAUCCGUAUGAGCGGAAUCUCACGGCCUGUUGCGUCUGGGAUAUCGGAUUUGAGAACUGAGGAGAUCAGGAGCUCCAGAUCAGCCCGACUUUUUGACGUUUUAGUGGUUGUGAUGUCCUACACAUCUGCCACGUUUGCGCCUAUCCUCGGGUUUGCCAUAUACAGCCUGCUUUCACAAAAGGAUAAUACGACAGCUUUAACCAACUCCAUCGCUUUCUCCGCUCUUACGCUGUUCUCCCUCCUCGAGACACCAGUUAUUACGCUGUUAAGAGGCGGCGAAGAGCUGAUAGCGGUAGUGAAAGGGUUUCAGAGAAUACAGUCAUAUCUUGAUCGGGAUGAGAAACCGAUGCGCCAAUUGAAUGCUCCAAGUGAUUCGGAGUAUGGGUACGCCGAAGAUAAAAAAGGUUGUAUAAAUAAACGUUCACCCAUUCAAGGCCAUGUGAGCAUUGAACGGACAUUUCCUGGGAAAUAUGCCAUUCUUCGUAACGUAUCCGGACUUUUUCCCGAGAUGAAACUACCUCUGCUCCAAAAUCUAUCCUUGGAAAUCGACGAAGAAAGGUUGACCAUGGUGACUGGUCCGAUCGGAUGUGGAACCUGCGAAUGGGACGAGCUAUGGUACAAUGAGGUUCUGCGGGCGUGUGCUCUGGACGAGGAUAUUCGAGACAUGCCCGAAGGACAUUAUACUCGGGUAGGUGUUCAAGGGUCUCGGAUAAGUGGUGGACAGCAAAUGCGAGUGUCAUUGGCCAGAGCGUUGUACUCAAAACAGAAGGUCCUGAUUCUCGAUAAUGUCAUAUCUGGCCUUGACCAAAGAACUGUGCAGCAUAUGUUACAUUCCCUGUUCUCCUCUGAUGGCAUGUUGAAGAAAAACAAGCACACGGUCGUGCUAGCCACAACAUUCGGGCCCCUUCUUCAGCACGCCGAUUCAGUCAUUGUACUCGGUCCUCAAGGCCAGCUUGUGGCGCAAGGGACGUACAGUAGUAUUUCUGCCGACGGCCUUGAUGUUCAGUCCACCAACCAAUUUGCGAGUCUCCAAGAGCAUGACGCGCUCGUGGGCGAAGAAGAAGAACCUGAGCCAUUCCCUCUGGAUCAUACCAUAGAGCUAGAACGCAUUGCUCUUCAACGGCCUAGGAAUCGCGAUCGGGCUGUUUAUCUGUUUUACUUUCGGAACGUUGGUUGGCUACUGGUGAUUCUAUACUUUGCUUUUGCUAUUGCAUUCAUGGUUGCGCUUAACUUUCCUCAGAUUUGGCUUGAGUGGUGGACCGCCGGCAACUCGCAGCAUCCAAACGCCCGACUGGGCUACUGGAUAGGCAUAUACGCCGGUCUGGGUAUUUUGACCUUGGUAUUACUUGCUGUUCUCGAAUGGAUUUUCAAGAUGAUCAUUGCACCAAAGACAGCGGCCAAGUUUCACCGAGCCUUGUUAGACACAGUGUUCAUGGCAAAACCUACUUUCUUGAGCUCCACUGAUGUUGGGACAACCCUCAAUAGAUUCAGCGAAGACCUUGGAAUUAUUGAUGAGGAGCUAUCCUCUGCAUUUGACAUCACCGUUACUGCCAUGCUUGGUUGUAUCGCCGAAGCCGUGCUCAUAUUCACUGGGUCAUCCGGAUAUGUCUCAUUGGUGGUCCCCUUUUGCGUCAUGAUAAUGUACUUCCUUCAGAAGUUCUAUCUCCGCACUUCUCGUGUCAUCCGACUUAUAGAGAUCGAACUCAAGGCUCCUUUGCAAUCUCAGCUUCUUGAAGUGCAUACAGGGCUUUUGACCAUCCGUGCAUUUGGCUGGAUGGAGCAUUAUCAGGAACGAAACAAGGUAGCACUGACUGCAUCACAGCAGCCCUACUACCUGUUGUUCUGCUUACAGCGAUGGUUGAACCUAGUAUUGGACCUUCUAGUGGCUGCGAUAGCCAUUCUGGUUGUUUCUAUCGCAACGACAAUAGCAAGAAACUCCAAUACUGGUUUCUUGGGGGUCGCGCUGUUUAAUAUUGUCAAUUUCAGUGGCAGUCUACAACAAUUGAUCGCUCAGUGGACUACGUUAGAAACAUCGAUUGGUGCUUUAUCCCGAAUCAAAUCCUUCGUCGAAGACACUCCACGUGAGAAUAUCAACAAGGAGUCUGAGAAUUCACCAGAUGACUGUUCGAAGGAAGGCAGAAUAUCCUUCAUUGGUGUUUCUGGAAAUCACGGUCAAGGCGAAAACAAUGCUAUUGAAGAUAUAACUCUAGAAAUCCAACCCGGUGAGAGAGUCGCGGUGUGCGGAAGGACGGGAAGUGGGAAAUCGUCAUUAGUCAUGGCGCUUAUGCAAAUGCUGGAGAUUCGCAACGGAACUAUUCGCAUCGGUGGUGUCGACGCAUCUCAAAUCCCACAACCUCGCAUUCGAGCCGAGCUUAACACCAUCACCCAGGAACCAAUAUUCCUACAUGGGUCUGUACGUCUGAACCUGGACCCGCAUGCUCGAAUUAAUGAUGAUAAUGUCUUGAUCGAUGCUCUUCAAACUGUUGGGUUAUGGGAUUUCAUCAAUGCGGAGGGUGGUCUGGAUAUCGAAUUAUCUGAUGAUAGCUUAUCACACGGACAAAGGCAGCUCUUCUGUCUGGCGCGAGCCUUGUGUCACCCCGGUAGAAUUCUGAUCAUGGAUGAGCCUACCAGCAGCAUUGACGACGCCGAGAUGGAAAAACGGAUUGAUAUAAUCAUCGAGCAACAUUUCCAGCACCAUACCGUUAUCUGCAUCAUGCAUAAGCUGCAUAACGUUAUGUCCUUUGAUAAAGUGGCCGUCAUGGAAAAGGGCCGACUUGUUGAAUUCGGCUCUCCACGCAGUCUUCAGGCAAGGGAAGGUUUGUUCAAACAACUUCAUGCAAGUGGGAGCUCGACGUCUGGCUUGACCUAG